AUGAGUGCAUCCCCUCCCUCCCUGUCCACAGCCGCCGCUUCGGUCACCCCUCGCCCGCCCGACACCGUCGCAGCUCUUCUCUGUGACAACUGUCGCUGCCCUAUUGGUUCGCUGUGGGACGUGCUGCCGGCGGAGGCGGCGGUUCCUGCGUGGAGAGAGCAGGUGUACAGCUACGAGCUGGACCUCUUUGCCGAUGGGUCGCCGCCCAUACAGGCGUACAGCGCCACGAACCCGAACGCACAUCGGUUUGAUCUGUUGCGUUUGACUCCAUAUGUGACAGUGCAUCGAGCCUCAGCGCCAAGUAGCGCCGCUCCACCACUAGACGUGGGUGCUUCGCAGGCAUAUAACAGGGAUACCUCGACUACGGUCGCUGCACCCCUCGACGCAGAGAAGUGCGAGGGACCAGUGCAGGUCGAGGAUGCCUCCACAGCGCCUGCACAACCGGCGGAUGCGACAGGACCGCAUGAUAUUGCCUCCACCACGCUUCACGCACCGCCUUUCGUGGAGUGUGACACGUGCGUCUACUCCUCCGAGCACUCCUUCUUCUCCGGCUAUGCGUGGUGCUUCUGCACCUGCGGCAACUGUGGCGCCUUCCUGGGGUGGGGUUUCGCCGCGUUAGACCGCCUGCACGCUGCACAACGUCUCCGCCGCAGCGACAAGAGCGGCAGCAUGUCAGAGACCAGUAACGAUAACCGUAUACGCAAGAAGGGGGCCCGCCAGGAGGAAGAGGUGAGACAAGCCGAGGCAGAAAUCGACACAGCCGCAGCUACAAGCAGCAGCCAGCCUGCCGAGUCAAAUUCCGCACCCGUAGUACUGACUGCUCGUGCCUUGGAUCAACACCAGCAAUCGCCAUGUGGGGAGGACGAACCCUGCAGAAGCAGCGCACACGCUAGUGAUCUUUCGCCGCCACACGACUCCAACGACGACGACAGCGAUGAAUACACGUCCACAACGACGGUCACUGACAGCAACGGCAGCGACGACAGCAACGCCAUCGGCGGUAGCGGCCAUCAUCGUGGUGGGCAAAUGCACAUAAGCACCGGUGUAGCACCCGACUUCAUUGGCAUCAUCAUCACUCAUUGCACCGGCGAGCCGGACUAUCCCAUAGCGUCCCUCAUACGUGAGGUCGAGUGGCGCACAGCUCGGCAACGACGCCGCAAGAGGGUUCAAGCUCUGACACGUCACCUUCGCGCCCUCCUCCCAGAAGUGAGAGACAGCUACCAUGCGCAUGAGAUUUACCAUAACUUCCACACGAUGGAACAGCUGCUCUACGCCACCCCAAUUUUCCCGUUGCCAAGGACAUCAGGUGGAUCCGCAGCCACGGUGACCGCACCCCUGUCCGACGUGGAUGAAGACGGGGUGCCGAUUAGCAUGCACGCCGCGGUAGAGGCGGCACGCAUCGCCGUAGCGCGGCAGAUGAACAGCGACAACAGCAGGGAUGUCAACGGCAGCGGCUGUCACAGCAGCUCGCACGAGGGAGACGAUUCCUCGUAG